AUGGAUUGGCCGGCUCUCACCGGCUGCACCAUGGUCAUGGUCCUUCUCUUCCUACCAUUGAGUGCUUCCCAAGACCGGCUUGUCCCUGGCAGGGCGCUGUCCCCUGGUGACACCAUCGUCUCCGAUGAUGGUGGAUUUGCCUUGGGCUUCUUCAACCCCUCCAAUUCUUCUCCGGCCAGCCUGUACCUAGGCGUAUGGUACAACAACAUCCCUGAGCUCACCGUUGUGUGGGUCGCCAACCGAAAUACCCCGGCCACCAAUACAACUUCCUCAACACCGAAGCUCUCCCUCACCAACAGCUCUAAUCUGGUUCUCUCUGAUGGUGGUGGCGGAAGCCGUGUCGUUUGGACAACUGCAAACGUGACCACUGGUUUGGUCUGGUCUACCCCGACGGCGGUGCUUCUAAACACAGGUAACCUCAUCAUCCGAUCGUCAAACGGCACCAUGCUGUGGCAGAGCUUCGACCACCGCACAGACACCUUCCUUCCCAGCAUGAAACUCGGCAUAAACUAG